CGAAGCUUCUAGAACAUUCUAUCAGUAUCGAGAAUAUAUAAGGAGGCUUGGUACCGCCGCCGCACAUUACUGUGUGAUACCUCACUACAUUCAAACGUGUUCAUAUUAACGACUUUUCUUAUACUUAUUGUUAAAAAAUUAUCGCAAAGAUGCCAGAAGGAAUGGAUACCUCGUCUGGUGAUGUGGAGACCUUUGCCUUCCAGGCAGAGAUUGCCCAGUUGAUGUCAUUGAUCAUCAACACCUUCUACUCAAACAAGGAAAUUUUCCUCCGUGAGUUGAUUUCCAACUCGAGUGAUGCUUUGGACAAGAUUCGUUACGAAUCGUUGACUGACCCAUCAAAAUUGGACAGCGGAAAAGAACUUUCCAUCAAGAUCAUUCCCAACAAGAAUGACCGUACUCUUACUCUUAUUGAUACCGGUAUCGGUAUGACAAAGGCUGACUUGGUCAACAACUUGGGAACAAUCGCCAAGUCCGGUACCAAGGCAUUCAUGGAGGCGUUGCAAGCUGGUGCUGAUAUCUCUAUGAUCGGUCAAUUUGGUGUGGGUUUCUACUCUGCUUACUUGGUCGCUGAUAAAGUAACAGUCACCUCCAAGCACAAUGACGACGAGCAGUACGUCUGGGAAUCAGCUGCCGGUGGUUCAUUCACUGUUCGUGCUGACAACAGCGAACCCCUUGGACGUGGUACCAAGAUUGUCUUGUACAUCAAGGAAGACCAGGCUGAGUAUCUUGAGGAAAGCAAGAUCAAGGAAAUUGUUAAGAAACACUCACAGUUCAUUGGCUACCCAAUUAAAUUGGUAGUUCAGAAGGAACGUGAAAAGGAAUUGAGCGACGACGAAGCUGAGCCAGAACCUGAAGGUGAAACUGAAAAGAAAGAGGAAGAAGAUGACAAACCAAAGAUUGAAGAUGUUGGUGAAGACGAAGAAGAAGACAAAGAAAAAGAGAAGAAAAAGAAAAAGAAGACCAUCAAAGAAAAAUACACUGAAGAUGAAGAACUCAACAAAACUAAACCCAUUUGGACAAGAAACCCAGAUGAUAUUACCCAGGAAGAAUACGGUGAAUUCUACAAAUCAUUGACCAACGACUGGGAAGACCAUUUGGCAGUGAAACAUUUCUCUGUCGAAGGUCAACUUGAGUUCCGUGCUCUACUUUUUGUACCACGUCGCAUGCCCUUCGAUCUCUUUGAGAACAAGAAACGUAAGAACAACAUCAAGCUUUACGUACGUCGUGUCUUCAUUAUGGACAACUGCGAGGACUUAAUCCCAGAGUACUUGAACUUCAUGAAAGGAGUCGUUGACAGUGAAGAUUUGCCACUCAACAUUUCUCGUGAGAUGUUGCAACAGAACAAAAUCCUCAAAGUCAUCCGUAAAAAUCUCGUCAAGAAGUGUCUUGAACUUUUCGAAGAACUUACCGAAGACAAAGAGAACUACAAGAAAUUCUACGAACAAUUCAGCAAGAACUUGAAGCUUGGUAUCCACGAGGACAGCUCAAACCGCAGCAAACUUGCCGAUUUGUUGAGAUACAACACCUCAGCAUCCGGUGAAGAGAGCUGCUCGCUCAAGGACUACGUCGGACGUAUGAAGGAGAACCAGAAACACAUCUACUUCAUCACCGGUGAAAGCAAAGAACAAGUAGCCAACAGUUCAUUCGUCGAACGUGUCAAGAAACGCGGUUUCGAAGUAGUCUACAUGACCGAGCCCAUUGACGAGUACGUUGUCCAGCAAAUGAAAGAAUUUGACGGCAAACAGCUCGUGUCAGUCACCAAAGAAGGCUUGGAGCUGCCUGAAGACGAGGCUGAGAAGAAGAAGCGCGAGGAAGACAAAGCCAAGUUCGAAGAACUCUGCAAAGUCAUGAAGACCAUUUUGGACAGCAAAGUCGAGAAAGUCGUCGUCUCAAACCGUCUUGUCGACUCGCCCUGCUGUAUCGUCACAUCUCAGUACGGUUGGACCGCCAACAUGGAGAGAAUCAUGAAGGCCCAGGCUCUUCGUGACACUUCGACCAUGGGCUACAUGGCUGCCAAGAAACACCUCGAGAUCAACCCCGAUCACCCAGUGAUCGAGAACUUGAGACAAAAAGCCGAAGCAGACAAGAACGACAAAUCAGUCAAAGAUUUAGUUGUCCUUCUCUUCGAGACUGCUCUCUUAUCCUCUGGAUUCUCGCUUGACGAUCCCCAAGUCCACGCUGCUCGUAUCUACCGUAUGAUCAAGCUUGGUCUUGGUAUCGACGAAGACGAGCCAAUCGCCGAAGAACCAAAAGCCAUGGAAGAAGUUCCAGCUCUCGAGGGCGAGAGUGAAGACGCGUCGCGUAUGGAAGAAGUCGACUAAGUGAUUAGAUAACUUUUUAAUUAUAAACUUUUUUUCCAGUUUAAUUUAUUGAAGACUGUUAGAAAAAAAAAAAACAUUAACUAAAAUGAUAAAAAGAAUAUUGAUCACGUUUUAUGUGAUUGUAUUAACAUAUGUAUCAUAUAUAAGUCGUAGCAUUACUCUUACAAAUAAGUUAUCAUUCCUGACAUGAUGUAAGCACCAAAAAAAGUAAUUAAUAAUUUUUUUUAUAUGUUAAAUUUUAAAUGUAAUAACAACUCAAAUUGUGGACUAUUCCGCU